AAAACAGAAUAUAUUUAUGGUUUAUUGCAGGAAAAAUGAAGUACAUCUAAAACGAAUAAAAUUGGAUUUAAAAUAUAUGGAAACUCAAAAUAAGAGGCUGAAGGAACACAUUAAAGAAAAAAUGAUACAAAAAUUUGGUUGUAAAGUGUCUUUGAUUAACCUUUAUCAGACUAUUUUGCAAAGAUUAAUUUAUGAUACAAAAAUUGAUGUACGGAAAAUUAUGAAGAGUUUAUCUAAAAACAUAGAAAAUGCAAAAUGGAAUUGUAAUAAAGGAUUAAUUGUUUUAAAAACUUUAAUUCGAAAUAAUACCGAAAAAUUAAGUUUCUUGACAAUAUUAGAAAAAGAAAAGAUCAAACUUAGAAAAAUUUUGAAACAAACUUUACUCUCAGAAGAAAAUAUGCUACAAAUAGAACAUGAGCACAAAGUUGACAUAGUUGCACUUGAAAAUAUUCUUUAUAAUCAAAUACAGCAAAAACAUAUACUGCAAUAUGAUAUAGAAAGUCUUAAAACUGGAUCAAGAAAAGUAUCUUCAAUUUGUUUGGAUUAAAAUACAUCAUAAAAAUACUAACUUUAAGUAUAAUUAUUGAUUAAUUAAUUAUAUAGUGGUUUAUUUAUAUAAUCAUUUAGCACUCUUGAAAAUAAAAUUUCUUGAAUUGGC